GGAGUGCCGUCAGUCAAGCAAUAGUGGUCAGAGGUGUUCAUUAUAUGAUCAUUUACUUUUAAAUCUCAAUACGGGAAACGAACGAGAAAAAUGUCUAAUGUUCAUAGGACAGGUGGUGUGAGAACACAUUGGAACAUCUAUCCCACGAAAUUCGCCAUGAAAACUUGCAAUCCCCUGAGAACGAUUACUGAAUCGAUGAAUUUGGUACCAAAUCCUAAGAAGAAACUAAUUCCUCUGUCAAUUGGAGAUCCUACGGUAUUUGGUAAUCUUCAGGCUUGUCCUGAAAUCCAGGAUGCUAUUGUGGAAGCUGCAGAAUCUGGGCUACAUAACGGAUAUAAGCCUACUCUGGGAUGGACGGAGGCUCGUGAGGCUGUGGCUAGAUACAGUGCCCAUCAGGGUGAUGUUAAACCUGAAGAUGUGAUCCUCUGCAAUGGCUGCUCGAGUGCUGUAGACAUGAUUAUCAGUGUCCUGGUGCAUCCUGGUCAGAACAUUCUUUGUGCUAGACCUGGAUACUCCAUCUACGGCACUAUUUCCGCUGGCUUCGACAUUGAACUACGCCACUACAAUUUACUGGCUGACAGAAACUGGGAGAUUGAUCUUGAGCAUAUGGAGUCACUGAUUGAUGAAAAAACUGCAGCUCUAGUUAUCACAAAUCCCAGCAAUCCCUGUGGUAGCGUCUUCAGUCGCAGCCACAUUGAGAAGAUAAUCGAGAUCGCCGAGAGGCACUAUCUGCCCAUCAUUGCCGAUGAGAUCUAUGAGAAUAUUGUAUUUCCUGGCGUGGAAUACACAUCUGUGGCAUCUCUGUCCAAAAACGUCCCUGUGCUAUCCUGUGGUGGCCUUUCAAAACGCUUUUUAGUUCCCGGCUGGCGUUUAGGGUGGAUUAUAGUGCAUGACCGUCAAGAGCAAUUCAGUGAAAUCCGUAAAGGUCUCACCAAUCUAACUGGACGUCUUCUGGGAUGCAAUUCUCUGAUUCAGGCGGCCCUGCCGUCAAUUCUCAGCCUCACUCCUCAGUCUUUCUACGACAAUCUCAACAGCCACCUCCAGAAGACUGCCCGCAUUGCCCACGAUUUACUACGGGAAAUCCGUGGACUACAUCCAGUGAUGCCUCAAGGAUCAAUGUAUAUGAUGGUAGGCAUAGAGAUGGAACUUUUUCCUUGCUUUGUCACAGAAAUGGACUUUGUGAAAGCCCUGGUUGAGGAGCAGAGUGUUUUCUGUCUACCUGGCGAAUGUUUCAAGUUUCCCAACUUCAUAAGGAUUGUCAUCACUGUUCCUGGAGAAAUUAUGCGUGAAGCUUGUAUGAGAAUCCGUGAAUUUUGCCACCAACACAGUCGACUGGACAAGAGAAUAAUUUCCAAUGGGAUCUGAGAGGAAAUAAUAUCAAUUGAUCUGACCAUCAUCUGAACAAUGUCUCCAAAUUCGAUCUGAAUGAGUUACAUGGACUGUUCCCUGGAAAAUACUUCGAUCUGUCCUAAAAAAAAUGCCUGAUUUUCUACCCGAAAAAUGUACUGAAUGAUUACGCUGUAUUUUAUGUGAAUAAACAGAGUUUUAGUAA